AUGUCGCCCGACGCCCACCAGAGACGCCGUGCGAGGCAGGCCUGCACUCACUGCAACGCCCGCCGCGUCAAGUGCAACGUCACCGAACGGGUGCCCUGCGAUAACUGCGUGGCCGCCGGUACGCAGUGCCAGUUGAGGGUCUCGCGCCGCGGCAAGCACCCGCGCUACCGUCCUGGCCACGAACCCGCCAAGCCCUCGCCGGCCUCGCCACGGCAGCCGCAAUCGCAGCAGCAACCCACGUCGCCCGCCCGCCCAGCCGCCCCCGAGUCGGCGUCAUCCUCCCAGAUCCAGCCGCCGCCCCUCGCGCCCACCCGCCCGCUCGCCAAGCAGCUGCCCGCCGUCGUCCCACCGUCACCGCUCGACGGCCUCGCCUUUGCCGGUACCAGCGCCUCGCCGCCCAACGACCCGCCCAGCCUCGUCUCCAAGAGCGAGUACACGUCGCCCAACGACGAGGAAAUGUCGCAAGCGUCCAUUGCCCUCGCCUCGUUGUCCCGCGGCGUCGUCAAGCCCGAUGUCAAGCCCGACGAGAAGCAAGAAUACGGCGCCUCCGUCUUCUGGGGCGAGUCGUCGUCGAUUCGCUACGUCGGCACCGACAACUUUGCCUCGUCCGUAGCCAAGCUCGACUCGAUCCCGUACGAGACAGGUGCCGGCAAGGACCGCCCCGAAUAUCCGAAUCCCGCCCUCGAAACCCUCAUGAGCCGACCAAGCGGCCCCUUUACGCUUCCGCCCCGCCACGUCACCACGGCGCUCCUCAUGGCCUACUUUCAAUGGUUCCAUCCCUUCUGCCCUAUUGUCGACGAGCAGGACAUAUGGAACCAGUUUGAGACGGGCACCCUCUCCACACUGCUGCUGCAGUCUCUGCUGCUCGUCGCCACGUCCCACUGCGACGAUUCCGUCGUCACCGACGUGGGCUUCGGCAACAGAAGCCAAGCCAAGCUCGCCUUUUAUACCCGCGCGACCGAAUUGUACGACGCCAACAUUGAAACCCAAAGCCUCGUCAUCAUCCAGAGCGUCAUCCUCCUGAGCUUCUGGCGCGGACGCGCCUCUGAGGAAAAGGACACCCGAUACUGGCUCGGCGUCGCUAUUAGCAUGGCGCAGCGCCGCGGCCUGCAUCGCUCACGCAAACAGGGCAAGCUCGCGCCCGACGCCCGCGUGUCGGAUCGUCAAAAGAAGCUCGCCAGAAGACUAUGGUGGUCCGUGUAUAUGCACGAGAAGCAGUCGGCCGGCACCCUGGGCCUGCCGCAGCGGGUGCGCAACGAGGACUGCGACGUCGAGAGCCUCGAGCCGGGCGAUUUCGAGCACGCCUUUUCCACGUCCCGCCCGAAGGAAGAGAGAACCGAGGCCAUGGACUACACCAUGCGCAUAACCGAGCUCAGCACCUUUCUCGGCAAAGUCCUCGACGUCGGCUACUCGCCGCACCGGACCUCGACCGAAGCCGACCGCACCGCGAUCCGCGACGAGCUUGUCCGGUGGAAACAGAGCCUGCCGCCGUCGCUGCGCAUCGACGAGGACCUCGGCUCCCAGCUGAGCCUCUUUACGAGUAUGAUCCACCUGGCCUACAAUAACAUUGUGAUUCUCCUGUACCGGCUCUGCUUCUCCGACACCACGUUUGACCACGAGGGCCAGUUCGCGCUGCAGGCCGGCGCGCGCAACGUGCGCAUCAUCGAGGACAUGCUGCCGCGCGGCGUGAUGCGGCACGCGCAGAUCCAUGUCAUCACCAACCUCUCCAACACGCUCGUGCUCAACGUCAUGGAGCUGCGCUUCGCGCGCGGCAUGUCGCGCACGAGCGCCGAGCACCGCGCCAAGGUCUGCCUGCUCGGCCUCGCCGAGCUGCAGACAACGUGGGAGUUUCGCAACUGGCUCCUGCAGCUCUUCAUCCGCCGCGUCGACGGGGGGCCCGCUGCCGACCGCCGCCGCAUCGAGGAGACCGAGGCCAAGCACCUCGCCUACAAGACGGAGACGCCGCUGCAGGCCUCGUACGGCGCCGCCAUGUCCCGCGAAAACUCGGGCAGCGGCGGCUGGCUCGGCAACUUUGCUGAGUUUGAGGGCUUCACGUUUAACCUGAGCAACGAGAUCACGGACCCCAUGACGUGGCCCGUCGACGAGAAGGAGCGGUUCUUGUUUUCCCAGAUUUACAACUCGAAUCCGUUUUGGUAA